CUACAAUUUGACAUUAUCUGAAUUAAAUUGACAUUGCAAGCCGUACACCCAACUUUUAAAUUAGUUAAUUAGCUCAGUAGUUUUACGAAAUGGAAGAAAUAGUCGCCAAAUUAUUAGUGCCUAAUAGCAAAACCGUUCAACAGGGAACAAAAGAACUCAAGGAAGCAUUCAAAAAGCCUGAAGCUGUCCCUGCACUGUGUGAUGUACUUGUAUCCUCAAAAAAUGUGGAAAUCAGACAAUCAGCAGCAGUUCUUCUUCGGAGGCGUUUGGGCAAAAAACACCAAUGGAAUAAAGUCAGUGUCGACAUAAGAAACAGAAUUAAACAGGGCAUGUUGCAAGCUUUAGUUAAUGAAAGAGAAAUUAGUGUUAAAAAUGCGAUUGCACAGUUUAUUGGAAUCAUAGGGAAACACGAGUUCCCCAAUAAUACAUGGCCAGAAAUUUUGCAGUUUAUUUACACAGUUUGUAAUAGUGACAAUGAAACAGAUAAGGAGUUAGGGAUGUAUACUUUAUCAAUAAUGACCGAAAUUUCAAAGGAUUCGUAUAUUGUUCAUGCAGAAUCUUUUGCGGAACUUUUUACAAAAAUUAUUUCAUCCCUGACAAAUUUGACUUCAAAUCUUUCUUAUUAUACUGUUCUAACGAUGACUCACUUGGUCCCUGUGAUCGGCGGACAUCAACAGAUGAUCAAUGUUUAUCACAGACUAUAUCCAAAAGUAAUAGAAAUUAUUAAUGCUUUCUCUUCAAAAGAUGAUAGAAAAGCUUGUGAAUUGUUUGAAAUAAUUGAAGAACUCAUAGAGUAUGCAGUGGCUGUAGUUGUUCCACAUAUAUCUCUAACUGUUGAAAUGUGCCUACAAAUUGGGGCUAACAAAGCUAUCCCAACAUCUGUUCAAAUUAAAGCUAUUGCUGUUUUGGGGUGGCUUAUAAGAUCAAAAGCCAAGCUCAUUCAAAAACACAAAAUGAUUGAGCCAAUAAUAGAUGUGAUGAUACAAGUGAUGGCACAAAAGCCAGAAGAUGAAUCUGAAGCAAACGAAGAUUAUUAUCAGGGCGAUCCUGAUGAAUACACUGCCACAACUAUUGCUUCACAAACGCUCGAUUUAAUUGCUUUACAUGUGCCCCCCGAUAAAGUUAUUCCAUUCAUUUUAACAAGAAUCGAACCUGCUAUUCAAGGCAACGAUAUUUAUGCUCAAAAAGCUGCCUAUUUGGCUUUGGCUGUGCUUGCAGAGGGUUGCUCGGAGUACAUCAGGAAGAAGUAUCUAGAACCCUUCCUGAAAUGCGUCUGUAAUGGUAUAACAAAUGAGAACGUUGUUGUACGAAAUGCUGCUUUAUUUGCUCUUGGACAAUUUGCUGAACAUUUACAGCCCGAGAUAAGUAAGUACGCUUCAGAGUUGCUUCCUGUGCUCUUCCAAUAUCUUUCGCAAAUCUACGCUCACAUGGAAAAUGAUAAAACGGAACCUCCGAGUUUAAACAGAAUGUUUUACGCGUUGGAAACAUUCUGCGAAAAUUUGGACGAUGGCUUGCUCCCAUAUUUACCUACAUUGAUGGAGAGGAUGCUGACCGCUCUAAAUCCGAAUCACUGGUCGAUGCAGCUCAAAAAGACCGCUUUCGAAACGGUAAGUGCGGCUGCCAGUGCCGCCAAAGAGGGCAUGUUACCCUAUUUUCCCAAAUUACUCGAAAUAAUCAACGUCUAUUUGAGCGUAGAUGCCGACAACGAUAAUUAUCAUCUGCGUAGCGAAGCUCUAGAAUGUUUAGCUACUUUGGCUCAAUCAAUUGGUAAUGAAAACUUUAAGCCGCUGGCUGCUGAAACUAUGAAAUUGGGCAUGCAAAUAUUGGAAAAAUCAGAUGACCCGGACACCCGAAGGUCUGUUUAUAUGCUUUUUGCUUCCCUCGCUAGCGUCAUGAAGGAAGAAUUGUCACCAAUUCUACCUCAGGUUGUUGAACAGAUGAUUAACACUAUCCAAAGCAGUGAAGGAAUUGAAACUCAUUAUGCUGAUGACGAAAAAGAUGGAGCAGAUAUUUACGACGAUCUCUCAGAUUCUGAAGAUGACCUGGAGGAGGACAUAGAGAUUGGUUCUGACACUGAUACUGACUCAACUCAAUGUAAAUACUCAGUAGAAAAUGCAUACAUUGACGAAAAGGAACAGGCUUGCAUAACCCUUCGAGAACUUUGCAGAAACGUUGGAACGCCUUUUCUACCGUAUUUAGAAAAAAGUUUCGAAGAAAUAUUCAAGCUAAUAAACUUCCCACAAAACGAAAUCCGUAAGUCGUCCAUCGAAGCCCUUCAACAGUUUUGCAUUGGCUUACACGAGACUAAUACUCAUGAAGGAAGACAGGCGUGCUUUAAAGCCUUACAAAUGCUCAUCCCCAAGUGUGCAGAGAUCAUUAGAACCGACGAAGAACGCAAUGUGGUUAUGUGCGCCCUUGACACCUAUGCAGAACUUUUGGACAAGAUCAAGGGCGACACCUUGGUCGGUGAUGGACACCGAGAGGCUAUAAUGAACUGUGUCAUUGAUGUGCUGACCCUAAAGACAGCAUGUCAAGACGGCGAUCUCGAAGGUGGAGGCGAAGACGAAGACGAAGGGGAAGCUGAACAGGAUGAGCUACUUUUAGAGUAUGCGGGGGAUGUGAUUCCGAAGUUUGGAAACGCUAUCCAACCUGAUGAUUUCCAGUGCUACUUUCCAAAUAUACUGCAACUAAUUGGAAGCAGAACGAAAAAACAAUAUAGCGAAAGCCAAAGGUCAUUUUCGUACGGAACACUCGCUGAAUGUAUGAAACCUUUAGGUAUUUACAUUGAGAAGUUUAUUUCCCAAUUGCUUCCACUUUGGUUUGCUGGAGCUAAGGACAAGAGCGAUGAAGUGAGGAACAAUUCGAUUUAUGGCUUAGGUGAAAUGGCCCUUCAUGGAAAAGACUGUGUUUUUCCUCAUUACACUCAGAUUCUUCAAGCACUUUCAAACGCAAUAUCUACAGAAUCUCACGCAGGAACAAUGGAUAAUAUAUGUGGGGCAAUUAGUAAACUUAUAAUUGCCAAUUUCAGAUUAGUGCCUUUAGAACAAGUAUUCCCUGUGUUAUUAGAACGUUUACCAUUGAAAGAAGAUUUUCAAGAAAAUGAGGCUGUUGUAAAGUGCUUUUAUACAUUGUACCAACAGGGAAGUCCCAUUCUUAAACAACACUUGUUGAGUGUUCUAAAAGUGGUCAUUCAUAUUUAUUGUAACCAAAGUUCGAUACCAAACGAAGAAACAGGAAAUUUAGUGAACGAAUUUCUAAAGGUGGUCCAUCGUGAUUUUAACGAUGAAUUUUCGAAGACUGUCGCGUCUUUAGGACCAGAAGUGACAGACAGGCUAAAGCAGCUAUUUUCUUAAAUGCCUUGAAAAAGAUUUUUUUAAUUUAUUGUUUAAUACAUACAAUUUCCUAUUAAUAUUAAUUAAUAUACUUACCGAUUAAAUAUUAUAAUCAAUUUACUUUGCGUACUUUGUAAGUUGAUCGUAACGUGACUGUUACUUGGAAAAUGAGAGCUUAUUUAAAUUAGGAACUGUAAAUAUUUAUUACGUUUUCCCUUUUUUAUAAUAUAUAAAAUUUUGUAUUUUAUUCAUACUUCCUUUUGCUGUGCACCGAGUUGUUUAAUUUUGGCAAAAUAAAUGUAUGUGACUAUCA